UUCCAACAUGCUCACACUCCAUUCUAGAAGCUUCUGUUAGCUGUGUGAUUUCAGACCUGAACUAAAGAGCCUCUGAAGAACUAGACUCAGAGCACACAAAUCUGCACGAGUACAUACAGAGUACACACGGAGCAAACAACAAGAUGACGGCAAAACAAAGUCAACUGCAGAUUGAAGUGAAGACUUCACAGAGUGUCAGGAAACUGACCUCAGAUGAAAGAUGCAGAGAGACGUUCAGAGAGCUGAGGGCGAUGCAGAUGGAGUGGAGAGCAAAAGCUGCUCUGGAAGAGCUCGAGCAGUGCAAGAAAAAAGAGGAAAGAGACGAACAAACUCAUAUGCAAAAAGAGAGCAUUGGAGAGGCGUGGAAGGAGAGGAGAGCCAACAAGCUAAAAGUGGAUGAAGAAUCCAGCUUUCAGUGCCUGACCUCAGAGCAGAAGGGCCAGGAGCAGAGAAGAAGAAAAACUCUGUACAACAACUGGGUUGGAGAGCCAAGAACAGACAGUGAGCUUCACCCAGAUGACUUCACCCACCACUCCUCUACUGAAAAACCAAGCCAACAGUCUAGAGCAGAACCAAAGUUCCAGCUGCAGCUGCAGGACAAACUCAAGGUUAGGCAGUGGUUUGAAAAGUUUAGUUUGAGGAAAGAGACUCGUAAGCUCAAAACUGAGGUGUGCUACUCAAACUGGACUGCCUACAAGGAGAGCAACCAGAGCAGUCUGUCUGAACAGGCUGACUCUUACAGAGACAGUUUCUCUAUCUCUAGAAACGGCAUCCUGAAGAAAUCCCUCUGCUGAAUGAGAUCCCACUGCAUG